AUGGCGCGUCUCCGCCACUCUACACCUUUCACCAACUUCACACUUCUGCGUCCGCAAUCUAACGUAUCCAAGGAAAACAUGCAGGUCGACAGCCCUGCCACUGCCGUUGAACAGCUCAAGGAAGCGUCCGGUAACAACGGCGACAUCGAUGAGUCCCUCUACAGCAGGCAGCUGUAUGUCCUGGGCCAUGAGGCCAUGAAGCGCAUGGGCUCUUCCAACGUCCUCGUUGCUGGUCUGCGGGGUCUCGGUGUCGAGAUUGCGAAGAACAUCGCCCUAGCUGGUGUCAAGUCGCUGACACUCUACGAUCCCAAGCCCGCCGCUCUCGCCGACCUCUCGUCGCAGUUCUUCCUCACGCCCGCCGAUGUGGGAAAGCCACGCGCCUCCGUCACCGUACCGCGCGUCUCCGAACUCAACCCAUACACACCUGUGCAGGAAUUCAGCGGAGGAGAUCUGACGUCGGACUUGUCGCAGUUGAAGCAGUUCCAGGUCAUUGUCCUUACCGACACUCGGCUCGAAGAUCAAAUCAAGAUCGCAGACUACUGCCACGACAACGGCAUCUACGUCGUCAUCACCGACACAUACGGACUGUUCGGUACUAUCUUCACCGAUUUCGGCAAGAACUUCACCAUCGGUGAUCCGACGGGCGAGAAUGUCAACAACGGCAUCAUUGCCGGGAUUGAUGAGGAGGGUAUUGUCUCGGCACUAGACGAGACAAGACACGGCCUGGAGGAUGGCGAUUGGGUCACAUUCUCAGAAGUUGAGGGUAUGGAGGGCCUCAACGGCUGUGCGCCUCGCAAGAUUGAGGUCAAGGGGCCUUACACCUUCUCCAUUGGCGAUGUAUCUGGCCUCGGAGAGUACAAGAAGGGAGGACAGUUCAUCCAGGUCAAGAUGCCCAAGAUCAUCGACUUUGAGCCCUUCAGCAAGCAGCUCAAGAAGCCCGAGCUUCUCAUCUCCGACUUCGCCAAGUUCGACCGACCGCAACAGCUCCAUGUUGGUAUCCAGGCCAUCCACAAGUUUGCGAAUCUCCACAAGGGCGAGUUCCCACGUCCUCACCACGAAGCCGAUGCGGAUGAGCUCUUCAAGAUUGCACAAGAAAUCGCAAAUGAGGGCGAGGAGAAGGUCGAGCUGGAUGAGAAGCUCAUCAAGGAGCUCAGUUACCAGGCUCGUGGUGACCUCAGUCCCGUCGCUGCCUUCUUUGGUGGCAUGGCUGCUCAGGAAGUCUUGAAGUCAGUGUCUGGAAAGUUCCAUCCCAUCGUUCAGUUCCUCUACUUCGAUUCGCUAGAGUCGAUCCCUACCUCCACAACCCGUUCGGAAGAGCAGUGUGCUCCGAUUGGCUCGCGCUACGACGGUCAAAUCGCUGUAUUGGGACAGGAAUACCAGAAGAAGCUCAGCAACGUCAAGCAGUUCCUCGUUGGUGCGGGUGCCAUCGGCUGCGAGAUGUUGAAGAACUGGGCGAUGAUGGGUCUUGGCACUGGCCCUGAUGGCAAGAUCACUGUCACUGACAACGACCAAAUCGAGAAGAGCAACUUGAACCGACAAUUUUUGUUCAGACCAGCGGAUGUUGGCAAACUAAAGAGCGAUGCUGCCGCAAAGGCAGUCCAGGUUAUGAACCCUGACCUCAGCGGAAAGAUCGUGACACUACAGGACAAGGUCGGCCCGGAGACAGAGCACAUCUUCAACGAAGAGUUCUGGAAUUCCCUGGACGGUGUAACGAAUGCACUGGACAACGUAGAGGCGCGUACAUACGUCGACCGACGAUGCGUAUUCUUCCGCAAGCCUCUGCUCGACAGCGGUACUCUCGGUACCAAGGGCAACACCCAGGUUGUUCUGCCGUUCAUCACAGAGUCUUACUCUUCAUCUCAAGAUCCACCCGAGAAGUCGUUCCCUAUGUGCACACUAAGGAGUUUCCCCAACCGAAUUGAGCACACGAUUGCCUGGGCGCGGGAGUCGUUCGAUUCGCUGUUUGUCAAGGGUCCGGAGAUUGUCAACCUUUACCUGACACAACCGGACUACCUUGGCGCAUCGCUGAAGCAGUCUGGUAACGAGAAGCAGACUCUGGAGACCCUGCGGGAAUUCUUGGUCACGGAGAAGCCGUUGUCGUUUGACGACUGCAUCAUCUGGGCCCGUCAUCAGUUCGAGAAGAACUACAACCACGCGAUUGCGCAAUUGCUUUACAACUUUCCCAAGGACUCCAAGACAGGCUCCGGUCAGCCAUUCUGGUCGGGACCCAAGCGCGCGCCGGACCCAUCGAAGUUUGACUCUUCAAACCCAACUCACUUCACCUACGUGGAAGCUGCUGCCACCCUACACGCAUUCAACUACGGCAUCAAGCCAAAUGCGUCCAAGGAGCACUACGUCGAAGUUCUCAACGAUAUGAUCGUUCCCGACUUCCAGCCCGACCCUACAGUGAAGAUCCAGGCCGACGAAAAGGAGCCAGAUCCGAAUGCCAACCAGGCUGGUGGAGACGACAAUGAGUCGCUCGACAGCAUCAUCAGCCAAUUGCCGGCACCCAAGUCUCUUGCCGGGUUCAAGCUUGAGCCCGUCGAGUUUGAGAAGGAUGAUGACUCCAACCACCACAUCGACUUCAUCACUGCUGCCAGCAACCUUCGUGCCGAGAACUACAAGAUCGAGCAGGCUGACCGACACAAGACCAAGUUUAUUGCUGGUAAGAUCAUCCCGGCCAUCGCCACCACGACGGCUUUGGUCACCGGUCUCGUCAACCUUGAGCUGUACAAGAUCAUCGACGGCAAGACGGACAUUGAGCAAUACAAGAACGGCUUCAUCAACUUAGCCUUGCCAUUCUUUGGAUUCAGUGAGCCGAUUGCUAGCCCGAAGGGUACAUAUCAAGGGCACGAUGGCGAAGUUACGAUCGAUAAGCUAUGGGACCGUUUCGAGGUGGAUGAUAUCCCCUUGAAGGACUUCGUGGCGCAUUUCGAGAAGAAGGGUCUGUCAAUUCAGAUGAUAAGCUCUGGCGUCAGUUUGCUUUACGCAUCAUUCUAUCCUCCAUCCAAGUUGAAGGACAGGAUGCCGCUUACUAUGAGCAAGCUUGUGGAGCACGUGAGCAGGAAGCCGGUACCGGAGCACCAGAAGAACGUUAUCUUCGAGAUAACAGCUGAAGAUCAGAAGGAGGAGGACGUUGAGAUCCCGUACGUCAUGGUCAAGUUGAAGUAG